UUGUAUGUUUAAAUUGUCUGGUGAAGUGUUUUGAGCAAACAAGACUUUCUCCACGUCUACACUCUUAACAUAAACUUGAGUGACGCGUGUUUUUUUAUUUCAGUGUUAGAAUGUUAAGAAGCUGGAAGUGGGUCCUCGGUGUGUCUUGGUAGACUCAAAUACUGAAUCACUCACUUUUCCUUCUUUCGUCUCAAAUUUCAGGGAAGAGACUCUAGAGAAGAAAUAGAGAGCUCAUCCUAGCAUAACAAAAAGAAACAAAAUGUUGUCAUCAGGUUGCGUGCUGUCUUCAACUUCAACUGUAUCUGCACGAACUGCCUUCUCUCCCCUCAACUGCCCGCCAAGAGAUCCAUCCUUCUCUUCAUCAUCGUUUUCUUUCUCUCACCGCACUUUCAAUCCCCUAUGCCUCAGAUCCUUCACUCGCCAUUACGGAAUUCGAGUUGUCGACAAAUCGAAAACCAGCAAUGGAAGAAUCACAGGGUUUCGCGUCCGUUCAUAUGCUCCUCCUUAUCCUCUUACUACUCCUAAUGUCCAGUGGAUCUCUACUGUUUCUGCUCUGGUUUUAGUACUGGCAAAGGGCACCACUGUGCCCAAAUCAUUUCUUGUUCCAUUAUUUGCUUUGCAAGCACCUCCAGCUGUCUUUGCCUGGAUCAAGGGUAGAUAUGGUGUGUGGUCAGCAUUCUUGGCACUUCUGGUCCGUCUCUUCUUUCAUAUUCCUGGUGAACUUGAGUUGCCAUUUAUAGCGUUACUAUUGGUGAUUGUAGCUCCUGAUGAGGCUAUAAGAUUAAGGCACACAAAAGAAGGUGCUGCAAUUUCUUUAUUGAUUGCAGCUUAUUUGGCUUUCCAGCAUUUCUCAAGAACAAGCUUGGACAAAUCAUUUGACCAAGGUUCAGUUGUUGCCACCUUAGCGGUCAUCGGCAUCACUGUUGCGUCUGUGUUGCUUCUUAUCUGAGUUGGGUUUGAAAUGAUUUAUGCUCAUAGUUACAUUGUAAAUAAGAAUAAUACCUGUUGAAAUGUUGAUAUUGUUCGGAUAUAUAUAUCAUGUAACAUGUUUGACACUCAAAUCCUUUACUUUCUA